UAUUUAUAAAAAAAUUGUAGGAGAAAAUUUUUGUAGACAACUAUGAACUUUCCCCUUAUUUUAACAAAUCAAUAAUGGUCCAACACAGCAUCCCAGAACUCAGUAGAUACUGGAUGGAGAGAAUGGGGUAAAAGGGGUGAAACAGAGGAAGCCUUUCUAGUAGAAGGGAAGCCAAAGAAAACAUUUCAGAAAGAAAUAGUUAACAUUGAAUACUUAAAAAGAAAUAUUUGAUUCAGAACAUACACAUGACAAGAUACAAUUUGAAAUGCGUGGACUUUUACGAGGUACUUUGUACUGUGUACUAUGGUAUGGUAGUAUAGUGGCUGGCUUUUUAUUUAUUGCUUGCCCUAUGUUACCACUAUUAUUCUUUAGUCCUCCAAAGUUUCGAAAAUGUGGUGAUCUGUUACUUUCUUGUUGGGAGCUUUAUUCUACAGCUCUUUUAAAAGUAUUUGGUGUGAAAAUUUUUGUGUCGGGAGAUCAUAUAUCUCCAAAUGAAUCUGCUGUUCUUGUAAUGAAUCAUAGAACACGAGUAGAUUGGAAUUUUUUAUGGGCUGCAAUGUAUCAAGCAUGUUUACCUAGUGUAGCAACUCAUAGAUUAAAAUUUGUUUUGAAGGAUCCUAUACGACAUAUUCCAGGACCAGGAUGGAUAAUGCAAAUGAAUGGUUUCCUUUAUAUAACUCGUCGCUGGGAAGAAGAUCAAAAUCGAUUGUCACAAACUUUGGAUUAUUUAAUAGCUCUUGAUAGACGUUUUCAAUUACUUAUAUUUCCUGAAGGUACUGAUUUGACAAAAAGCAGCAAGGAAAAAUCUAAUAAAUAUGCCAUGCAACAUGUUUUACCGCAAUAUUCUUUUAUUUUGCAUCCAAAAACAACGGGAUUUAGUUAUUUAGUUCGACAUCUUCAGCAAGCAAAGUAUCUCAAUGCUGUUUAUGAUUUAACAAUUGCAUAUCCUGAUUAUAUUCCACAAUCUGAAUUAGAUUUAAUGAAAGGAAAAUUACCAAAUGAAGUACAUUUUCAUAUUGAGCGAAUACCUUCAUGGAAUAUGCCGACAGAUGAUUUAACAUUAAGACAAUGGUUACAAGAAAGAUGGUUUAACAAAGAACAAAUUUUAAAACAAUUUUAUAAAAAAAAAGGUUUUUCUGCUAAAAUUUGGCCUUUAAUAAAAUUACAUCCUUUAUAUAUUGCAUUUAGUUUCUGGAGUAUUUUAACAGGAUGUACCAUACUUUUACUUAUUAUUUCACCAGUAUUCCAAUUAUGGACUUUAAUACAUUCAGCUUUCUUUAUUGCUUUAUCUUUCUUUACUACUGGUUUUAAUCAACUUGAAAUGGGAUGGUACUGGCGUUGGAAAAUGCAUUUUCAUACAAAAAAAUAUAGUUAAUAAAAUAUGAAAUUGCUUAAUGUAAGUAAAUUCCAGUAUGAAUUGUUUUGUUUGUUUAUUUCUAUAUUUUUUAUUACAAAUACAUAACAAUUCAUAUAUCAUUUAUAUAUUUAUAAAUUUGAUAUAUUGAAAUUAAUUUUUAAAGAUUAAUAAAAAUUUAUAAUUUUUAUAAACUUAUAUGAAAACUUUAAGUUGCAUAAUGACAAUUUAAACUAGAAAACAAUAUAUAUGGGAACAUUUAUCUUAUAAAUAGUAUAUAAAUUUAACAUAAAAUUAAUUUGAAUGAA